UCAAAAUAUCAGCACCUCUCCUCCACCUCUUCAAAAAUUACAGCACUCACAAACAAGCUGGUCAGUUGAGGGAAAGAGUUUCUCAGAUUUUUAAAACAUUGUGAAGGAAAGGGCUUUUUUUGGCAGUUGCUUCCUGAAUCUGCAAAUCCAGAUUUGUGUUUUGUCAGACCUUUGAGCAUCAUGAAUGGAACAGCAGUGGUACUGAUGAGCGUUUUCCUCAUCCUCUUUGCUGGUGCAGAGGACAAAUCAAGACUCUACCGAAGGCCUUCAUGUGGAGGUUUGAGUGUCAAUCAAGCAUGUCCUCUUAAUUACUCUCCUGUGUGCGGAAACGAUGGCAUCUCAUACGUCAAUGAAUGUGCCCUGUGUGUGCAGAGAAUGCACACUAAUGCUGACAUCUUGAUUGUGAAAGAAGGACGCUGCUGAGGUGGAGAAAUCCCCUAUGGCAUCAUCACGUUUGCUUUUCUUUUCUAUGUUCGUUUAAGAGUGUUAUUUGCUAUGCACAUCUAGACCUAUUUUGCACUUAGGAUGUUAUCAGUAUACCUACAGUAUAUAGAUGUGUGCAUGUUUUAAGUACUAAAUUGAAUAACGAUAUGUGUCAGUUUUAUAACAUUUGAGGGGCCUCAUCAUUUACAGUUAUUACAUUUACUGUCUGUUCUCUUCAAUUUAUUUAGUAUCCAAUCAGUUUGUAUUGCAUUGAUACUGCAGUGUUUGCUGGAGUAUAAGUUAUUAAUAUUUUUUUCUUUAGAAACUAGAAAAAGUGAGGUUUUUGAAAUGCAGCUAAUUUUUCUAAAUAUGGUAACAUUGUAUUUUGCAAAAAGAUAGUUUAUACUUAGAUUUUGCUAAUAAAAUGAACCUACUGAGCUUCAUUUAUGUCUCUCAUGUUUCUAAAGUGUGUUAAUUUUUUACAAGUUAAAGGUGCACACUGUAAUUGCUUUCCACAUUAAAAAAGUUUCACUCCUAAAAAAAUUAAUUGUAAUUUUGAAACAUGCAUAAAAUCAUGAGCACUCAAGUCAUAUCAGUACCCUUAUAAAAGCUAUUUUACUCUACAUGGGGCAGGGGCGCCCUCAUGGGGGCUGCCAUUUUAGAAUCACAUGACCAGCCGAAUACUACUGGCUUAUUCUCAGUAACCCUCUUGUUAUUGGACACUUUCACUCUUGGAUUAAAUUAAUCAUGACUGACUGUGAAUGGUAAACACCACUAGGUGUCACUGUAAAUUCAAGAUGACACAAAAAAAAGUUACUGAGCGCACCUUUAACGAACCCUUUUCACAGACUGUGAUGACGCAUUUCCACCUUAUUUAGUAGUGUAAAUAUCAAAUGUAACCUUUUUUUAUAAAUGUCAUUUCAAAAUGAUUUAGUGUAAAUUUAUAAUAUUAUACUUUGUAUUAUAUCACCCUGGAAUUAGUUAUAAAAAAACGAGUUACCACAGAUACGGUUUCUAACACAGCUGCUGAUAGUGACAGUAAAAUUUGCCAUCUUCUCUCUUCUGAUGGUCGUAAUAAUUUUUUUUCUUAAUUUGGAAAGUUGUGGAACCGUAAUAGUGCCGUUUUUCAAAAAUUAUAUUUGCCGUGGUCUCCCUAUAGUAAUAUAAUGCUAGAAGUUCGAGCUAGAAGCUUCAUUCAGUUGUUUUUGCAAGUUGAGCAUGUUGUACAGUACAUUUUAUCUGUUAUCUUUUAAUUUCCUUGUGAAAUUACCAGCAAAACAAAGCUCCCCCAGAGGCUAUUUCCCCAGCGGCUCCACCCGCUCCCCCAGAGACUAUUCCUCCUGCGGCUCCACCUGCUCCCCCAGAGACUCCUCCUACAGCGGCUCCGCCGCCUGACCCUGUCCCAGUUCUGUGGCCAACUCUCGGGCCUCCUGACCCUGUCUCGGCCCUGUGGCCACCUCACAGGAUUCCUGACCCAGUCCCCACCUUGAGGUCUCCUUGGUCUCCUGGCCGUAUGGCUGAUCUGCUCUGGUCUCCCUGGUCUUCUGGCCGCCCGCCUGAUCUGCUCUGGUCUACUUGGUCCUUCGAGCCUGCAGCGUCGCCCUGGCACUCCAUCCCUCUGGCUCCGCCAUAAUUUCAAGCCUCCCUGACUUUGCCUUGUUCCUCUGCUCCCCUUGCCCUUUGUGCCCCCCCAGAACUACCUGUUUUUCCCCCCACACCCUAUGGACAAUUUGUUUUUGUUUUGUUUUUUGGAGCGUCUGGAAUCCGCUCCUUAAAAGGGGGGCUUUGUCACAUAUUCCCUGUUGUUUGUUUUGACUUAUGUUGAAAUUCUGGUUUAGUUUCCUGUUAGUUUUGUAGUUUCUUUUCGUGAUUGGUUUUCCCCUGAUUGUUUCCCCAGGUGUUCCUCGUUCCCCGUUUUCCCUUUUGUAUUUAAGCCCUUGUUUUCCCCUGGUUUUUUGUCAGUCCUCAUCUGUAUUAUGCCGUACUUUGUUCCCUGUGUUUUGUUUCAUUAUGUUCUGAGUUACCUGAUUUACUUUUGUUUUAUUAAAAAAAGGCUGCGUUUAGAUCCUCA